UAUUAAUCUUUUAUUUCGUAUAUCGAGUACGAUCGAUGUAACGUUACACGUGCAUGUGUGACGCAAAGUACAUAUAAUCACUCGUAAACCGUAUGUUUCAUACGUUUGUAAUAUUGAUGGAGAUUUUUUUCUUUAGUAUUAAACGCUGCAAGUAACUUAUGCAUUCUAUGACCUACAAGUGACACGGGAUAUUAGAUCGCGGGAUUCCGAUGUGCAUGCUGCAAGUGAUAUGCAUCGAGUUGUUUUGAAGAAUGUUCAAAGAAAAUGAUAGUAAUUCAGGAGGCUGUAGCAAUGCAGCUCCCCGACCACGACGAAUACCACCAUUUUCUCUGCGCCGAUUAUUACACUCGAGCCCUCUUAUUGGCCGGCGAAUUGUCAGGACACCCAUUUUAAGCUACAGGAAUACUAAAAAUAAAGAUCCAACUGGCAGUAGAGUUACGGAUGUAGAGAAAGGAGAAGCCAGAGUAAGUAAUGGUUCGAACCAUUUUCAAUUUCAGAACAUAGAUCUACAGCGUGCUUCCAGCAAAGGCUCUGUACUUUCUUCCGCCGGAAAGAGCAAUGAGAAUGGCAUAAUGGAAUGUCCUUUAUGUUUGGCUGAAUUGCCAGUGGAAUUUUUCCCUGUGGUACAGUCUUGCCAUCAUCGCAGUUGUUAUGACUGUUUUCAACAAUAUCUCAAGGUUGAAAUUUCAGAAUCUAGAGUGAAUAUUGCUUGUCCUGAGUGUUCUGAACCAUUACAUCCAAAUGACAUUAGAAUGAUUUUAAAUGAUCAAACACAACUGGAAAAAUAUGAAGAUUUUAUGGUACGAAGAGUUCUUGCUGUUGAACCUGAUGCAAGAUGGUGCCCAGCACCAGAUUGUAGUUUUGCUGUUAUUGCGAGUGGUUGUGCUUCAUGCCCAAAAUUACGAUGUGAACGACCAGGAUGCGAUUCAUACUUUUGUUACCACUGUAAAGCACGAUGGCAUCCGAAUCAAACAUGCGAUGCCGCUAGAGCUCAACGAACUCAAUAUUAUGAACGUAGCUCCUCUCUCAGUUUCAGUCAGAGUGAUUCACAGCAUAGGGAUGAUAUCAAACCUUGUCCAAGAUGUCAGGUUCUGAUUGUCAAGAUGGAUGAUGGUAGUUGUAAUCACAUGAUUUGUGCUGUUUGCGGGGCAGAAUUCUGUUGGUUAUGUAUGAAAGAGAUCAGCGACCUUCAUUACUUAAGUCCCUCUGGUUGUACAUUCUGGGGCAAAAAGCCAUGGUCUAGGAAAAAGAAGAUACUUUGGCAACUUGGAACUUUGGUUGGCGCUCCUGUUGGAAUUGGUCUCGCAGCUGGUAUAGCCGUACCUGCUAUGAUUAUAGGUAUACCAGUAUGGGUGGGAAGAGAAUUGUAUACAAGAUACGAAAGAAGCAACAAGCAUAAAAGGAAUGCCUUUAUCGUUGGUGGAGUAACUGCAUCGGUUUUAGUAUCGCCAAUACUAGCAGGAUUAGCAGUAGGUAUUGGCGUACCUAUUUUAUUGUUUUACGUUUACGGCGUCGUUCCCGUUUCACUUUGUCGAAGCGGAGGUUGCGGUGUUUUCACAAACGGAACGGGAGUUCGAUUUGAUUUGGAGGACGAGAAUGAACUUAUUGGUUCUCUAAGUGCCCGUUUCGGUGGAGAUGCGGCGUCAAUAGAUGUUGCGAGUCAUCGUGGUGGUAAUCCUUCAAUAGGUGAAGCUUCGCUUUCGUUGGGCAGUGGAAGUCAAUUGGAGAAGUUAGGUCGAGAAAAUGACCCUGAGAGCGCCAGCAAUGUAGCUCUCGCUGGUACCAGUCUUGCCGGAAGUAUAGCCUCUAGUGUUCUUCCAGGCGGCCAAAGGUUGGAGGUACAAGCAGACGUGACGUCCACACAACGCUUCAGCUUAUGCAGCGAAACUGCAUCCGCCACAACCAGUUUGUCAGAGAAGUCUGUAAACGCAUCUAUCGCUUUGGACGAUGGAGCAGCGUCUACGAGAGCUUUAGCAGGCUCUGUUCUAAAUUUUAAGAUGGAUGGCAGCUCGUUAAGUGGUGGAAGGAGCAUGGAAGGUGAACAGGGGGCUGGUUCAGUUGCGGGUGGGCACAUGGAUUCAGCUGGACAAGCCACAUCUCUAAGUUCUCUCGAAGAGGUGGCACCUGGUUUAGCGAAACGUGCUCGGCGUAAACCAACGUUGGAUCGGCAAUGUAGCGAUUCGAGUAAUUGGACUGUCUGUGGAGAAGACGGCGGCUCCGAGCGUGUUAGAUUCGACGAUCACGUCAGUAUCAUUGAAGCUGAUCAGGAAGGAAUUGUCAGUACAUGUGGAGUGGGUAAUAGGAACGCUGGAAGGCGCAAGCGAAACAAGGAGACGGAACAGGAAACUGAUGCUCAAAAAUCUGCGAAAAACACCAACGGUGAGACGAAGGUCGAUUCAUCGACGGAUGAUAACGUAUCACGGGAGCGAGUCAACGUUGCUACUUUGAGGAACGUCUUCUUCCAUAGUUCUACGGUAUCUGCGGAUCGCGAAAAGCGAUUAUCAGUGAUAAAAGAACCGUGCCCUGUGGGAGCACAGAACAAACGCGCUCGUAUUUUUACAUCUUCCGACGAAGGAUGCGACAGCAGUAACUCGGAGGACAAUUCCUCUUAAAAAGGAAUCAAAGACUGAGUAAUUCUGUAAUAACGUACACGCCUCUUUUAAAUACGAGAUAUGUAGAUGCGUAUUUACAUAUGUGUGUAUAUAUGUAUUUAAGUGCACACCACGUGCGUACAUUAACGCUGAGUUUACUAUAUUUAUGCACACCAUGUAUAAACAUACUCUGAGUGCAAUAAAGGGAACAAGCUGAAACUCGCUUUGGAAAGCGAAGUACAUCGAAGUGAACAAAUAUACACUCUCAUGCUUCGAAAGUAUGUGUGUGCAAAAAUAUUCUAUAUCGGCAUACACAGGCUUUUGUUAAAACAAAAAAGAAUUCGAUACCUUUUGCAUACAAUCGCGAAUAAUUUUUUAGUUUUGUGCCAACAUUUCUUUUUAGUGAUGAUGGAUAUUGUAAUUUGCAUGAAAUUAUGUUCUUAGAUAUAACACACAGUGUUUAUAAAUUUAGAGAAUCGGGUUCAUUAAAAUUAUAAUCAAAUGUAACUUUGUAAAAAAAUUGACACGAUUAUCGGACGCUAUAUCAUAAGUGAAUUGCUAGAAAUUAAAAAAAAAUCAUGUAGGCGGUCACAAAGGCUUUAUAACAUUGCAUUUAACUCAAAAUAACAAUUAUUAUUUUCUAUGCAUAGUAUGUAAACAUCAAAAGUGUUAUAAACAUUUCUUCGAAAUAUAAAUAUAUCUUUUCUAUUAUGCAUUGGUCGUUUUAGGUUUUGUUUUCUGUAUGUAAAAAUUAUUUUUAAGAUAUUUCCAAAUUUCUGAAUUCAAUAAUUUUAAUAUCUUCACUCAUUUUUUGAAAUUUGUCAGUAACAUUUUGUUUCUUACAAGAUUUCCGGAGCAUACAUUUUUUUAAUGAGUAAAAUUUAAUGAAAAUUGAUUUCAUUAAUAAAAAUCAAUAAUCUUAAAUUGUCGUAAAAAAAUGUGUACCAAGAAAAUUUUCUUAUACUUACAUACAUUUUUUAAAAUAGUGUAAUUAUGUUGUAUGGUUUUUUUUUAUAGAAACGAAAAUAAUGAAGAUUUUGAGAUGUUUCCAUUCAUGUACCCUACCCUGAAUGUCUUAACAGCGAACGUUAUAGUUUGUAGGAGGAAACACUAAUAAUGCUACAUAUUAGAAAAGAUAUGGUAGUUUAUUAUCUUUUACAAAUAAUUAUUUAUUUUCACUUACAAUGAUUUAUAAACAAUUUUUUCAGGUGCUUUAUUAAACAUGUCGUAUGCUUCAGUUCGUUUACUUGCUCGUAAAUGCACCUUUGCGUAAUGCUAUGCACGGGUUACUAAUAAUUAUAAGAAAUAUUACAAAUAUAUUUUUGCGAAUUUAUAUUCUAUAAGGUUUUGAGUUUCCAAGAACUUAAGUAUGUGUAAAUAAUUUUGUAAAAUUGUCUCUUAUAUGUAUGAACAUAUAAAUGUUUUAAUGAAAUAUUACAUAUAUAUUUCACAUGUUUUUGGUUACAAGUAAGAGCUUUGUUAUCUAUAUGAGUGAGCUACUGUCAUAUGUUGAAGAAAAGUAUCUAUGGAAAGCUUUUUUUAUAGAAGUUUAAAUGUACACAAACAUAUGUAUGCGGAUUAAAAAGAACUGGUAUGUGAAAUGUGA